AUGGGCAAAAAGCCUCUCGUCAAAAGGUGUAGGCAGCACCUCGAGAAGCCUUCUUUGAUCCCGUUUGCGAGCAGCACUGCCUUGAACCAUUCCAUGGAGGCUCAGAGACUUCCAUCUCAACUGCAAGUGUGCCCUCCGCGGCAUCGGAUAUCACCGCCCAAAGACUCGGCACAGCAGCAAAACCCCGUGCUUCUCAUCUGCUUCCUGGCAGGGCAGGCCUCGCCCAGCAGCAAAGCCAACCCCAACGCCAGAGCCUACGAAGACCAAACCCGCAGUGAAACCGUUAGUCAAGGCAGAAGCUGCAAAACCAUCUACCGCACUGUCUGCGUCAAAAUCUACCAAUGGCAAGACCUUGGUUUGACAGGUGUUGAGACUUCCCAAAAUCUUCAUCUGGAUCCGUCGUCCGAACCUUCAAGCCCGCCUCACUUUUGCGCUGGCACUUUUAAACUUCCAUGGCUUGAAGUACUUUCCUUCUCUAAGGCCGCUGCCGCCAAGAAAGAGGAGUCUUCUGACUCUUCUUCCUCCGACUCUUCUUCUGAUUCCUCUUCCGAUUCGGGUCCGAGCUCUUCUUCCGAAUCUGACUCCUCUUUCGACUCUUCUUCUGAUUCCUCUUCCGAUUCGGAUCCGAGCUCUUCUUCCGACUCUGACUCUUCUGAGUCUGAGGCUGAGAAGAAGGAAGUCAAGAAGGAAGCCAAGAAGGCUACCAAGUCUGACAGUUCCUCGAGCGACAGCUCUUCCAGCGAUUCUUCUUUUCUUGGGGAGAGAGAGGCCACAGCCAGCCUGGCACCUACUCAGGAGCCGGGCGCGGCCUGGCGUUCAGUCCUCGGCGGUACCGGCCUGAACGUCGGUUGCAUUCCUCCCUCCAUUUGCAAGAAGUUCGGACAACAUUUUCAAUAUUCAAAUCGUUGCCCACGAAAAGGUGGCCAUCUCAACAACUCCCAUCUCUACCACCAGAUGCUCCACGACUCGAAACAUGGCGGCAUCGAGGUCGGCGAUGUCAAGCUCAACAAUUGGACCAGUCGAGUCGGUAUUGGGUGGCUCGCUCUUGUUGAGCCUCCCACAGGAAAGACUGAGGCGAAUACCCGAACCACCAUAUUCAGACUCCCCGAGAGAAUUGACACCGAAAGGCAAGAGAUAGUUCAAGGUGCCUGGUUUAAGUUAGGUGCGGACUGCGGCGGUGGUGCCAAGCGCCGCGCACUGCGGCAUACCAAGGAUUUCGUCCAUGGCACCAAGCGCAAGAAGAGAGUCGAUCCAACAACGCAACGCGGUGGUCCAUUGUCAUCGCCAUCGCCAUCGCCAUCGCCUUCCAUUCUGACACCAGAUCUUCAGUCUUACCCAUCCAGCUCUUCAAUCUCGCUGAACCGGCGAGGCCACAAUGUCGUUGGCCGUGCAAGGCAGCUCUUUGACUCUUCGGAUCGCCCUCCACGGUCCAGUCCAGAAGAAAUGCCAGCGCCCAAGACACUAAACACUCAACGAGCUGGGCGUCCUAUACGUCGUAGAUUGCGGGACUCCGACGACACCGAGCGCAAGAAGAAGCUGAUCCCCGAACUCUGA